GGAAGGAAGGAAGUGAGGGAAGGAAGGAAGUGAGGGAAGAAAGGAAGUGAGGGAAGUGAGUGAGGAUGGCUUCUGAGGAUGUGGAAGAGACAGUGAUGCUGACCCUUCCUUCCUCCUACCACUGGGACUCCGGCAACGAGGAUGAUGACUGUUCUGAGGAGGUCGUCCUUUGCAUCGCCCCCUGCUAUGGUUCAGACUCAGAUGACGAUGAUGAUAACGAUGAUGAUGAUGACGAUGAACCAAGCAGUGGUAACCUAGAGGGUCAUGACUCAGGCAUAGCGGUGUGUCGUCCCAGAGAAGGAGCCCAGCUAGAAGAACCUCUCUCGUUAUUCUCCCGUAAGGACACCACCACCAGCAGCAGAACUGACGAUGACGAUGACGAUGACCAGCAGGAGUCUGAGUACGAAGAGGAAGACGAAGAGGAGUCAGAAAGGUCAAAGGUUACGGUGACGAGGGCCAGGGAAGGUCAGAUCGCCGCUACCCCCACCCGACCUGUGAUACGGUGGAAGAGUUACAUCGAGAAUGACAACAGUGAUGAGAGUGACGUUGCCGAGGAGGAAGAGGAGGAGAAUCAACAUCUGGAUGUCAAAGAGUUCCUCGAAAAGGCGAAAGAAGAGUUCGAAGAAAAAUGGAAAAGUCCCGCAAAGAACACGGCGUGCCUGGACGACUUCGAACGACUCAAAACCCUGGGCACGGGUUCCUUUGGGCGGGUGAUGCUGGUCCAACACAAGGCAACCAAGGAGUAUUAUGCCAUGAAGAUACUCGAUAAACAGAAGGUGGUCAAGUUGAAACAGGUGGAACACACCCUGAACGAGAAGCGAAUAUUACAGGCCAUCACCUUCCCCUUCCUGGUGUCUCUAGAGUUCCACUUUAAGGACAACGCCAACUUGUAUAUGAACAUGCCAUUCAUCCCUGGCGGAGAGAUGUUCACCUACCUCCGCCGUGUCCGAAGGUUUAGUGAACCCCACUCACGGUUCUACGCUGCCCAGAUUGUGCUAGCAUUUGAAUACCUCCACUACCUUGAUCUCAUAUACAGAGAUCUCAAGCCAGAGAACCUACUCAUAGACAGCCAAGGGUACCUCAAGGUAACCGACUUUGGGUUUGCCAAGCGGGUCAAGGGACGAACGUGGACGCUGUGUGGGACCCCAGAGUACUUGGCCCCUGAGAUCAUUCUUUCUAAGGGCUACAACAAGGCAGUGGAUUGGUGGGCACUUGGCGUUCUGGUCUAUGAGAUGGCCGCUGGAUAUCCUCCAUUCUUCGCCGACCAGCCUAUCCAAAUAUACGAAAAAAUCGUCUCUGGAAGGGUGCGGUUCCCAGGUCACUUUUCAUCUGAUCUGAAGGACCUACUGAGGAACCUUCUGCAGGUGGACCUGACCAAGCGGUACGGAAACUUGAAGAAUGCUGUCAAUGACAUCAAGAAUCACAAGUGGUUCUCAUCAACAGAUUGGAUUGCUGUAUACCAGAGGAAGAUUGAAGCUCCAUUUAUCCCCAAAUGCAAAGGGCCUGGAGACACCAGCAACUUUGACGACUAUGAAGAGGAGGCCCUCCGUAUCUCCUCCACAGAAAAAUGUGCCAAGGAGUUUGCUGAGUUUUAGAGGCCUUUUGCAGUGUCUAGAGGCUAAGCUGACUCCCUGUGUCUGUGUACAAGUUUAGUACUCCCCUCCAGAGACCCCAGUGCUUGUGCAUUGUUGUAUACAUAGGCUGUGUGUGCACCAUUAUGUGUGCCACACAGCCAGGCCUCAGGCAAGCAGUGGGCUAAGCAAAUGCAGCAGGUGCUCAGUUGUGGGAGAUGCUGCUGUGUACUUGGUGGCUCACACACAUGCAGACAGUGCCAGAGCCCAGGCUGUGAUGGCAUGAGUGCCAAGGAGCAGUAUGGUGGGUGGUGAGGUGAAAGGUGCCACUGAGAAUAGGCUUAUCUUUAGUGUCACUUGAAAUCAGCUUGAUGGAAUAUAACAUAAAUUCGUUUUACUGAUAAUUUCCAAGGGAGAAACUCCUCAGUCUUAUGAUAUGCAUCACUUGAUUAAUAUGUUGAACAAGUUGACAGCAAGUAACAUUAGAGAUACAUUUGCCUUUGUGUAGAAAAAUGCCACCUCAGGAAGAUGCCAGACAGAGGCUGUCAAGCGAUGGCGGAGUGAGAGAAUGGCCUAAGUGUGGUGGUGGGAGCAAGUGCCAUUUUUAGCAAAUAAGGUGGCGUACGUGAAUAGGUGUGCCGCUGCUAGCCAGCCACUUGGGGUCCGGGAGCUAACCUAGUCAUGUGGUGAGUGGGGGUUGACGGACUUGCCGGGAAGAACAUCAGUAUAACAGGAGACGUUCAGGCGGCUCGGAGGCAAGAGUGAGUUGAAAAGUUACUCAUGCUUGAAAAGUUAUGUCAUCUUUAAACGAGACGGAGAGGAAGGUCUCAUUUUAUGGUCAAGGUGAAUUAUACGCAUGGCAAGAGUAAGAAUAAAAGGACUGGACUCAGAUUUUGGUAAAAGAAAAGGGAACGAGCCAUUUUAAGUGAGGAAAAGGAUGUUUCGCAUGAUGGAAAGUGCUGCAAAAUUAAUGAAAUCAAAACAUAUCCUUGAUCUUUAGUAAUGCUAAGAUUGAAAUAUUUACGAAGGAGCACCUGCCAGAACAAGGAGUAAGUCUUCAACCCGGGCUAACUCCUCCGCCGGUCUCCUGGAGUCUCCCUAUUGGCCGUCAUCAGAAUCGACUGCAGCUUCGUUUACUACACACGGUCGAUGCCCCAGAUUAACUAUGCCAAAAUGCAGCCGACUCUCAUCACACACUUUGUAGAUUACAUAGUACACUUAUAUGGGUUCAACAGAGUUUUUAUGAUUUAAUACAAGAAUGACAAAUGGCUAGAUUUCCCCAAGUUGCAUGUAUGUAGGUAUGUAUCAAAGUUAAUAACAUAAAAAAAAUAUGUCCAUGUGUGCAAAGUUGUAGAAUACUUAUGUGUUGGAUUAGUGUUUCUAUGCGAUUCACAUUGAUGUGAUAAAUUUGAAUGAUGUGUGAUGGCUUCUUUUCAUCCAUUUCAAAAUGAAAAACUAGUUACCGGUAGGCAUGUAAAAAUUAGAUUUUGUGAACUAAUCUUUUCUUUUAACUGCCAGUGGGAAUGAAUGGUUAUUAAUUGCCUAAUUCUGAGAGCAAAUAUUUUUCUUCUCUUCCUCCUUGUGAAGUCUCAAGCUAUAUAAUACUGUACGGCUCUGUGAGUCCUAAGGCACACUGUAAAAAAUAAUAUUACUUGUCUAUUUUCUUGCAUUUUAGAGUCUAUUGUAAUGAUUAUGAUAAUUAUUAUUAGUUUGUGUUGUUAUGGUCUGGCGCUCGAUUUACGUAUCACACUAACCUUAGAGGAUUUAUGUUGAGUUUCCCAGAGAGCGUCUCAUUUCUUUUUAGUGCAAUAUUUUGAUGAUGAAAGUGAGAAAGAUGCCCUGUGUCACUGUACUUUGCAAUGUUACAAGAAUAUGCAGCUCCAAGGUUUUCUGUCUUUAUGUAUAUAUAUAAACCUCAGAUCACAUA